AUGCCUAUGAUCUUAGAAAUUAUGGCUACUGUUUGGAAUUUUCUCAUCAGGUCCUCCUCACCAGAGGUCGAAAAAACAAAGCUCAAUCGAUUGCGCAACACCAUUCGACAUUCUCUUCAGAAUAGCGUAAUUAACGAGACAACCUUUCUUCCUGAGAGCGAGAUUAAAAGCCUUGUGGCACCCGACAAGAUAAAGCUAUUAUUGCCGAACGCGAAGCCAGAAUUAGUAGACUUCAUAUGCAAGGAUGCAAAAAAGCUCUUCUUGACUGCAUCGUUGCACCAUGGUAACCUUCAGGACAUCAUGGGCACUUUCAAGGGUCAUGGCAUGACAGACAAGUACCUCCCAAUCCGCGAUCUUACCUCAGAAGAUAGGUACUGCGACGUUCAUACUGAAGGGCUCCAACGGGUUUGCAGUCAUGAAAAGGCUCUGGAGGCUUUUCAUCGCUGGGAUGCUCAUGAUGUCUGGAACUUUUACAACGAUCAAUGGAAGUUUUGUGCCCCAAUGCUCAAUAUGGAAUGCAUCUCUCAAGAAUUCCACCCUAAGCACAUACUGCCGUUCAUAAAGAAAGGUACCACCCAGAAGGAUGGCCAUUUCAGUACCGUUUUUGAGGCUGUAAUUCAUCCUAGCCAUCAAAUUGGCCGCGGGUCAUUAAAGCCAAACAUAGAUCAGACGCGGGUCGCCCUCAAAGAGUUGAAAAACCUUAGCGAGCCAAAUUACAACGUACAUGUAUCAUGGCUGAAUGAGGCAAAUGCACUGUUCCAGAUUGCCGAGCUUCGUCACAAACAUCUCAUUAGUCAGGCGACUGCCUUCAAACAAGGAGAAAGAAGAUUCAUCGUGCUCGAGUGGGCAAAUGGGGGUAAUCUGCGAGAUAUAUGGCUGAAAGAGUCUCACGACAGAUCUUUCCUUGACGGUGGCAAGGUCAUGAGAGUUCUGGAAGAACUAACUGGGAUCGCAAGUGCGCUCUCAAGAUUACACGGCACUAACACCAAAACAAGAACGGCAAAGGCAAUGUCUGCAGACCUCAGAAAGAAGAACCCUGUGUCGAGAUCUAAAACAAUUCCCUCACAGGGUCACGGAGAUCGCCUGACUGUUCCAAAGAUACGCUUCGAGGGAGUAAGCUCAGACGACGAUUAUGACUCCAGCGACUACGGUGAAGAGCAGCACUGGCGCCAUGGAGACCUCAAGCCCGAUAACAUCCUCCAUUUUACAGAUGAAAAGACUCCUUGGCUUGGAACUCUCAAAAUCGCCGACCUGGGUCUUGCCAAACAACACGCAUUCGCCACUACCCAGAGACAGGACCCUACCCAGCAGAAAUAUACAACCUCUCACUACGAGGCGCCUGAAGUCAUCACUACCAUGAACUCGAGGGUGCCUCGCUCACGCCGCUACGAUAUAUGGUCCAUGGGUUGCAUUAUAUUCGAGUACACGAUUUGGCUUCUAUAUGGCUAUGAAGAGGGACUGAGAAGCUUUUAUGACGAGGGGAAGGAUAUUGAUGCCUAUCGAGAAACAUUGUACUUUACAGCCGACCUCAGCACAAGGAAAGCUCAAGUGAGUGACGCGGCGCGAAGAUGGAGUAGUCACAUUUUGGAAGUCGACCCGGAGUGCAAUCGUGCUACUCCAAGCGUGAUCAAAGAUCUCGUCACGUUGGUUAGGGAUAAGCUUCUUGUUAUUGGUUUACCAAAGGAAAACAUGAGUCAGGACGACAUCAAGCGAUGUCGUGCCAGUGCAGAUGACUUAGAAAAGGCCUUACAAAAGAUCAAGAGAAUGGCCAUUGAUGAUGAACAUAAUGGAGGUAAAUACCUGUCUUCGGGUAAAAGUCGCAACGGAAUUUCCGCUCCUCGUCCGCAAAAGUUCGAUAACACUUGGAACCGGAUGGAAGAUAAAGCUUUCUCGCUUGGAAUUCUGAAGCGUCACGAAACAACGAUUAUGAAGAGCAUAACUAGGUCCCAGGAAAUAGCAAAGCUGUGUGACAAAUGCAGCAAACUUGACUAUCAGAGCGAGGAGCCCGUAUUGAGGGAGACUCUGGCGACUAUGAGAUCCAAGGUUCAGCGGUGUGCACUACACAGCCUUAUUUACCGUUCUAUUCCCCUAAAUGCUUAUGACGACCUGGAGGUUGUGCAUAUCCGGAGAUCUGACUCCUCACUUGUCAUGGACAAAUCGAAAAUACCCUUACUCUCUCUUUCUAAAACUUCAGCAGAUGAGUCAAAGAAGAACUAUCUAUACGCUGAUGAUAUCCACUUUGGACUACCUAAGCUUUUUGAACCCAACACUGUCCCGUACUACGACCUUCUCAUGGCAUGGCUUCAAGAUUGUGAUUUUUAUCAUGCCGAAUGUCAUCCCAUAGACAGAUCAAGUGUUCAAGUCCCAACUCGCCUGAUUGACAUUGGUCUGUCGGAUGGUAGAAGCUCGAAGGUUUACCUUCGCGAGGCAGUGAACGCUGUAUGCCCCGAGAGAGGUGAGUUGAGAUACAUCGCACUAUCACAUCCUUGGGGCAAUGGGAAAAAUCACGACCACUUCUGCACCACGAAAAACAACCUUGACGGUCGGCUAAGUGCCGGUAUUGAUAUUAAGGAUUUCCCGAACACAUUCAGACAUGCAAUCGAGGUGACUCGAGCACUUGGUGUCCCGUACAUCUGGAUCGAUUCGUUAUGUAUAGUGCAGGGACCUGAUGGGGACUUUGACACUGAAGCCAAAAGAAUGGAGGCCGUCUUCAGCUCGGCAUAUUGCGUCAUUGCCGCAAGUUGCGCCAACGGAACAUCAAGUGGCUUUUUGUGGGAAAGGCCUCAACGCGAAGUAGUGAGACUGGAUGGGUACCUUGCCCAUGAUCCAGUUUAUGUCUGUGAAGCAAUUGAUGACUUUCAGCAUGAUGUGAUCGAGGGGUCGCUGAACAAACGUGGGUGGGUCCUGCAAGAGCGUGCUCUUGCACCAAGGACCAUAUAUUUCACAGAGAAUCAGACGUAUUGGGAGUGCGGGCAAGGCGUGCGCUGUGAGACGUUGACAAGGUUGACCAAUAGCCAGGCCUCAUACCUUGGGGAUCCCAGCUUUCCCAAGUUAGCAAUGAGGUCGACCAGAGGAGCGAAAAUCCGCUUUUACGAAUCACUGUACAAACAGUAUUCGAACCUCGAUUUCACCAAGAUUUAUGACCGACCUAUAGCAAUAGCCGGGCUAGAACAACGACUAGUCAGUGCUUUCAAGACCGAAGGAGGAUACGGUGUAUUCAAUGGAGCAUUCUUUGGGCGCAGCCUUUUAUGGACGAGGGAUAUACAACGAAGCGAUGGUCUGAAAUUGAUUAACUUUCCCCGCGAUCAGAAGUUCAGGGUUCCAACAUGGUCGUGGACAGCUUACGAAGGACCCAUUACAUACUUUGACAUCCCUUUUGACCAUGUUCGAUGGACUUACAACACCGCAGAAGGAAAGAUUCAAUCGCCAUGGACGACUAUGGAGUCAGAUUCUACCUCGUUCUCUUUGCAUACAGGAGAGCUAGAUGGAAGAAUUGAUCUUACUGCCCAAGCAAGGGAGAUGUUAAAUCUGAAAUCAGCCGAGGCGCAGGGAAAGGUCACCUAUGAUGAAGGAACGUCGCCGCCAGGUGUACGUAAGCUAUGCGUUAUUGUCGGAAGCGAAAAGUCAAAGGAUGAAAGAUUCACGACACAGGACCUAGAGUAUUAUACUCUACUCGUUGCCCCCUAUGAUGAUCUCAGCACUAGUUCCUACCGAAGGGUUGGUGUUGGCAGGUUAUUGGAAAGUUGGAUCGACUUUGGCAAGCCCGAGUGCAUAGUCUAUAUAUCCUAG